AUGGUCAGCAGCAUUAAUUACACGACUUUGUUGCUGCACAGUAAAAAUUUACAGUAUUUGGCGCACAUGGAGAAUGACUGGACAAAUAUCAGUAGCUUCAUUAGUAUGAAGUAUUUAAUACAAAUAAAACAUAUUCAACUUGGAAAAGUUUCGCGCAACUGUUACGUAAUCUACAAUGAACACGCUCCUCUCGUAAAAAAUAACUCAGUCGUUUCCACAACUUUGCUAGACGCGAUGACGAACAACUUUGUAACAACAGAAAAAACUUUUGAUAGUCUGUGCGGUUACAGUUUGCAGUUGAAUCGAUGGCUACUAAAACCAAUAGGCGCCUGGCCGGUGUUCACAUCAACAUCGAGAUGCGAUAGGAUUAUUUCGUUUGUUUUAGUCACUCUCUGUUAUGGCCUCGUGUUAUUCACCGUGAUCCCUUGCAUACUCCACCUUAUUUUCGAAGAUGAGACUGUUUACGCGAAGAUAGAGAUAUUCGGUGCUCUCAGCCACUGGUUCAUCGGAGGCCUCAAUUACACCAAUUUAUUGCUACGAAGCAGAGACAUUCAUUAUUGCGUCUGUCGUAUGCAAACUGAUUGGAAAGCAGUAAGAAAGCCAGAAGACUUACGCGUGAUGAUGAAGCACGCUAAAAUCGGGCGUCUCGUCGCCGCUGUUUGCACUGUUUUCAUGCAAAGCAGCAUUUUGAUGUACUGCGCGGGGAAAGCAGUCACCAAGGAGACCGUCAUAAUCGGAAACCAGACCAAAGUCAUUCGUAUGUUGCCCUGUGCCGUGUAUAAGAAUUUAAUUCCGGUUCAUACCAGCCCGACGUACGGAAUAGUACUCGCUACGCAAUUUCUGUCCGGAGUUAUCGUGAAUUCGAGCGCCGUCGGCGCUAUUAGCAUCGGUGCCGUGUUCGCGGCCCACGCGUGUGGCCAAUUGACCAUUUUGAUGACAUCGAUCAACGAAUUUCUGAAUCGGCCGAAAGAUCGGAAGGAUAAUGAUGGGUUUAACGACAUAGGUGAGAUCGUCGACUAUCAUCUCAAAGUGUUGAGUUUUAUAGCAGGUAUCGAGAAUGUGAUGACUGAAUUCUGCUUCUUGGAGCUACUGAAAAGCAGGCUUGACAUAUCCAUGCUUGGAUACUAUAUCGUCACAGACUUGGCCAACGACAAUGUUCGAAGCGCAGUCACGUACUUCAUAAUAAUGGUGUCCAUGAGUUUCAACAUUUUUACAGUGUGUUAUAUCGGUGAUACAAUAACAAAGCAGUGCAGAAAGAUUGGCGACGUGGUGUAUGCGACAAACUGGUACUAUCUAUCCAACAAAGACAUGCUUAAUUUGAUUUUGAUUAUCUCAAGAGCUAAUUCUGUGGUCAAGAUCACUGCUGGGAAAAUGACUCAUAUGUGUCUAUAUACAUUCAGCGAUGUAAUAAAACUGACGUUUGCGUAUUUUAAUCUGUUGCGAGAAGUGGCAUGAUUAUGUGC